UUUCAACUUUGUGUAUUCAAUAGUCUAUUUACUUGCUUGGAAGAUUGGGCGAGAAACAAAAAAAAAUAAGACAAAAAAGUACUUGCAUUCUAUCACGUUGACAAGAAGGGAGAAUCAGUUUGAUUGAGAUCAGGCAAAUCUCUCACCCAGAGAGGCAGAGACAGUGAGAGUGAAGCACUGGAUACGAGGUAUUGCUUCUGGCUAAUUCUGGUCUAUGGCAUUUGCCUUGCCUUGGGAAGCUUGCUUCUUGUCCUCUCUUCGGUCAUUCUUCUAUUUAACACCCUUGUUUGGCCAAUUCAAUGUGAUCAGUGUCUUGAAGCGACUCUCUCUCUCUCUCAGGAGAAGAUCGCAGUCAUCGUCAGUUGGGUGGGAUAUAGAAAGAGAUGAAGAAAACGAUGUGCUGUUUCCUAAUGUGUAGUACCCUGCAGAUCAUAAUGACCAGUAUUUUGGUGACAACAAUCAGGCCUUUGGAAUCAUAUCAUGCUGCUCAACUUCAACACGGCCAAACUCCACACUUCCCUCAACCUGCCUAUAGCUCAAAACAGGUACUGGAAAGCAUUAAUGAAGGAGAGGCUAAUGGAGAAGAAGCGAAAUACAGGUGGCUGAGUAGGCUGGGGUCAAGACCACCAAGCUGUCUGCAUAAAUGUGAAGGCUGCAGUCCUUGUUAUCCCAUACAAAUACCCGCAACCACUGAUGAAGUAGGACUUCAUUAUGCCAAUUAUGAACCAGAAGGAUGGAAAUGCAAGUGCCGCAGUUCCUUCUUUAAUCCUUAAUAAUAUUAUAUGCAUCCUUUUACUUAGCUCAAAAGCACUAGCUUGUACGUACAAAACAUCAAAACUAAAAAUUGGCUCUCGCUUUUACUU